UUGUUGUGGAGCAGGGAAAAUAGUCGAUCGAGCGGGAUAGAGCAUUAUUGGCCAAGGCAAAUAGCCAAUCCUUCGGCAGUAAACAUCACAAAAAGGCUGUCCGGAGCAAUAAAGCGAAAAGAAGAAGGUGAAAGAAGAAAGGCAGUGGAGUGGAAGCAGCGGCAGGAAAAAAGCCGGUAGAAGAGCAUAUCCCGCCACAGUAGAGAGCAUAAAUUGUACCGGGCAAGGCAGGAGGAUUCAGUGGCCAUUCGGUGGUACGGAAGAAGAAGCAACACAGCAGCAGAGCAAAGUCGUUAAACCGGAGGCACCAUCAUCAAGCAAACACACAAGGGCUACAGGAAGGAAGUUUUUCGUUCACCGUGGUUCCGGUCAGCAUAAUUGUUGAGCCUCCCUUCCAGUAGUGGUCGUGUCAUACGAGCCUCUCUUAGCCGCUCCAGAAAGCCCUCCUUUUCCUCUGGUGACAAUGAUAGAUGAGCGGCAAGCGUUCGCGUAGCUUCAAGUGUGCGGUACAUCAUCGCGAUCGUGAGGUUUGUUCCGAGAACGAUUUUCAUCUGAUAUUUGAAGAUCCACCACUGUUCCGCAGGAUGGUGCACGUAAUUGCAAUGGAAGUGCUCCCCGAAGAGCGGGAUCGAAAAUAUUAUGCAGACAAUUAUUCAUGCUGUCCGCCUCCGUUAUUUGUGAUAUUAGUUACAUUUGUCGAGCUCGGAUUUUUCGUCUAUCACUCACUGACGCUCGGGCCGGCGGAUCCGGCCGGUCCGGUUCCGAUCGACUCGAUGUUCAUCUACCGACCAGACAAACGGCAGGAAGUGUGGCGGUUUCUAUUCUACAUGGUCCUACACGCCGGGUGGUUCCACUUAGGGUUCAAUCUGAUCAUUCAGCUGCUCGUCGGGCUACCAUUGGAGAUGGUACACGGAUCGGCGAGGAUAGGCUGCGUGUACCUGGCGGGGGUCCUGGCCGGAUCGUUAGGGACGAGUGUGUUCGACCCAGAAGUGUACCUUGUAGGGGCGAGUGGCGGUGUGUACGCCCUGCUCGCCGCCCACCUAGCGAAUGUGAUGCUAAACUACCGCAAUAUGCAGUACGGCAUCCUCCGGUUACUUGCGAUAUUUCUUUUCGCAUCGUGUGACGUUGGGUUCGCCAUCUACUCCCGGUACGCGGUGGAACCGGCCAGCGGGGCGCCCUCGGUGUCGUACGUGGCGCAUCUUACCGGUGCGCUGGCCGGCCUCACCAUCGGGCUGCUGGUGCUGAAAAACUUCGAGCAGAAGCUGCACGAGCAGCUGCUCUGGUGGGUGGCGCUCGGUGUGUACGCGGCCUGCACGAUCUUUGCGAUCGUCUUCAACCUGCUCAACACCGUCACCGUGCAGCGGCUCGAGGAGGAAAGCGAGGAGGUCCUCAAGCAGCACCUGUUAACCAGCUUUGGCUUCUAAGCGCGCGAACCAAAUCAGAACAUCCCCUUCUCCUUCCGGAAUCGAACCGGAUCAGGGAAGGGGGAGAAACGAGCGCGCUGUUGUGGUUGAGAGCCACACACCGUCCGUCUUCCUUGUCCCUUAGACGACUGCCACGAGGGGUGGAUCUACGAGGAGAAGGUGGUGGC